AUGCCAGCUCCCACCGCGCGCCUGGACAAACCAGAGGAGAAUGAGGUUUCUGCUCUACAGCCAGCCCAAAAUGAAGAGGAUAUUAUGAUAGAUACAAGUGCUGCUCAGCCGAAAGAGCCAUCGGUGCCGCAGCCACAGGGCCAGGAAGACAGUGAAAUGGCCGUAGACGAGGAAGGACGACUGCGCUUCACACCCAUCAAAGCAUCCGGCAACGCAUACAGAGUCGAAACUCGCAAAGUACCGAUCCCUCCUCACCGCCUGACGCCUCUUAAAGCCGAGUGGCCAAAGAUAUAUCCUCCACUGGUCGAGCAUUUGAAACUCCAAGUGCGCAUGAACAUGAAGAACCGAGCAGUUGAGCUGCGCACAUCGAAACACACCACCGAUACAGGAGCCCUCCAAAAGGGUGAGGAUUUUGUCAAAGCCUUUACUCUUGGGUUUGAUACCGAUGAUGCUAUUGCUCUUCUCCGACUGGACGAUCUUUACAUUGAGACGUUUGAGAUUAAGGAUGUCAAGACGCUUAAUGGCGAGCAUUUGGGCAGAGCUAUUGGCCGAAUAGCAGGAAAAGAUGGGAAGACGAAAUUCGCUAUUGAGAAUGCUAGCAGGACUAGAGUUGUGCUUGCAGACCAGAAGAUACACAUUCUCGGAGGAUUCAGAAAUAUCCAUGUUGCUAGAGAAGCUAUUGUCAGCUUGAUUCUAGGAAGCCCUCCGGGCAAGGUAUAUGGAAAUCUACGUACAGUUGCCUCGCGAAUGAAGGAACGAUUCUAA